GUGAAACAGAAACUACCCACAAUUACUACAAGCACAGUCGGAUUUCUGUGGUGCAAAUAGAUAAUAACGCACAAGGAUUUAAAUACUUGUUUGCAUUUUGGAGAGAUGUCACGGAAAAGAUGAUCUGAUGCAGGGGGGAGUGACAGCGCACAUCGCCGAAGCAGAAAGGAAGAGGGAAAAAAAAAGGGUUUGAUGAAUGAAUAAUUGAAGGGAACUGGUGGCCGCGCGAUGCUUCUAUAGUCCGGGGCAACGUUGUGAAUAGCGAGGCAGCAGCGGCUGAUUCAAGUGGGCAUGAGGCACCGAGAGCUACUAACCGUCACUCAUGUUGUCCGACACCAGUGGGCUACCGUUCCAUUCCAAGUGAGAAGGGGGUGGUCACAUCCUAAGGGUAUCUAUGUGUGAUCACGCUGGGAUUGCUGACACUGGGGAAAUGAGGGACUGUGUCAGUUAUUGAUUACACCUGGAAGGUCGAUACAAUCACUCAGUGUAAACAAGAAAAAGGGGUGUGUGAGGCUGCAUGGCAAUCUGCUAAAUGCUCGACUGUGCCUCCAAACUGCAACUUACCCAAAAAGCAAAUGUUUUUAUUUUUUAGCGUGACAUUGUACAGAGGACGUUGGUAAUUAAGUAUGUUUUGGGGAGUAGAUUGCUAAAUCCAUAGUGUUUACCUCACUUCCUCACGCCCCCAUGUAAAUGGCUUCGUUCCCGGAGUCCGAUUUCCAGCUGUGCCCGCUUUGCAAGGAGAUGUGCGUGUCCUCUGCCCCCAUCUCCUCCUCCAGUUCGUCGUCUUCGUCCUCCCAGACGUCCAGCAGUAGCAGUAGUAGCCUGGGCACGGCCCCCCGCAGGCUGCAUGUGUUGCCGUGUCUGCAUGCCUUCUGCAGGCAGUGCCUAGAGGGGCAGCGGUGUCCCGGGGACUCUCUGCAGCUACGUUGCCCGGUGUGUGACCACAAGGUGCUGAUCUCCGAGGCCGGGAUGGAUGCUCUGCCCUCUUCUACUUUCCUGCACCUCAGUAACCUUCUGGAUGCCGUGGUCGGAGCCACCGAAGACCAGCAGAGUAACGGGAGCAGGAGUGGUGGUGUACGGCAACACCGCUCCCGCUCCUCUUCGUGUUCGUCCUCCAGCCUCCUCCGUAGGGCGCCUCCUAGUCAGCCAGAGCCGCGCUGUUCCUCCAGCGAUGAGGGCAACGGGGCGAGCUCGCACUGCCUGGACUGCCAGGAAAACCUGUGCGACAACUGCCUGCGCGCCCACCAGCGGGUGCGACUCACCAAGGACCACUUUAUCGAGCGCUUUACCCCCUGCAGCAGGGCGCCCGGCAGCAUCAGCGGAACCGCCUCCCCCUGCAGCUCGGCGGUAGCCAGUGCCUCCACCACAUCGUCUACCUCAUCCUCCUCCAGCACUCUGUGCUCGGCACCGCUGUCUUACCAGAGCAACGUCUUCUCCAUCCUGCCAGUGUAUUCGGAGAGGCUCGCUUACUGCAAACAGCACGACGAGGAGGUUCUGCAUUUCUACUGUGACUCAUGCUCUGUCCCUAUAUGUCGGGAGUGCACCGUAGGGCGUCAUCCCGGCCACAGCUUUGUCUACCUCCAGGAUGCCCUACAAGACUCUAGGGCUCUUACUAUCCAGCUUCUGGCUGACGCACAGCAAGGACGGCAGGCUAUUCAGCUGAGCCUAGAGCAGGCCCAAACAUUGGCAGAGCAAGUUGAGAUGAAAGCCAAAGUGGUGCAAUCUGAGAUCAAAGCGGUCACCUCAAGACACAAGAAAGCACUUGAGGAGAGGGAAUGUGAGCUCCUCUGGAAGGUUGAAAAAAUUUGUCAGGUGAAAACAAAAUCACUCUACCUCCAAGUUGAGAAACUCCACCAGGCUCUUAACAAGUUAGACAGCACAAUAAAUGCUGUGCAACAGGUCUUGGAAGAUGGCUGUACAAUGGAUAUACUUAUUGCUCGAGACAGAGUCUUGGCUCAACUUCAAGAUGUGAAGAAUGCAAGAGGUCUUCUGCAGCUUCAAGAAGAUGACCGGAUCAUGUUUACUCCCCCAGACCAGGCCUUGUUCCUUGCCAUCAAGUCCAUGGGCCUUGUGAGUAGUGGGGCUUUUUGCUGCUCUGCUGCUCUGACCAAAGCUACCGGAGAAGGCUUGAAACGUGCUCUGCAGGGUAAAGCUGCCUCUUUUACGGUUAUUGGAUAUGAUCAUGAUGGUGAAGCAAGACUCUCUGGUGGUGACCUUAUAACAGUCUUGGUAAUGGGCCCAGAUGGAAAUCUGUUUGGUGCGGAAGUUAGUGAUCAGAUGAAUGGUACCUAUUUGGUGAGCUACCGUCCCCAGUUGGAAGGAGAACAUCUUAUCUCAGUAAUGGUGUGCAACCAGCAUAUAGAGAACAGCCCUUUUAAAGUCAAUGUCAAAUCUGGCCGCUGCUAUGUUGGUAUUGGGCUCCCUACCCUUUCUUUUGGUGGUGAGGGUGACCAUGAUGGAAAACUCUGUCGUCCUUGGGGAGUCUGUGUAGACCGGGAGGGCUACAUCAUUGUGGCAGAUAGGAGUAACAAUCGUGUCCAAAUCUUUAAGCCAUGUGGAACCUUCCAUCACAAGUUUGGCACCCUUGGGUCUAGGCCUGGCCAAUUUGAUCGCCCUGCUGGAGUAGCCUGUGAUAAUUCUCGUAGGAUUGUGGUUGCAGAUAAAGACAACCACCGUGUGCAAAUAUUCACUUUUGAAGGUCAGUUUAUAAUGAAGUUUGGGGAGAAGGGGACAAAGAAUGGCCAGUUUAAUUAUCCUUGGGACGUUGCUAUUAAUUCUGAGGGAAAGAUUCUUGUCUCAGACACUCAGAACCAUCGUGUUCAGCUUUUCAGUCAAGAUGGGACAUUUCUGAACAAGUAUGGCUUUGAAGGUGCACUUUGGAAGCACUUUGACUCCCCGAGGGGAGUGGCAUUCAGUCAAGAUGGCUACCUAGUUGUAACUGACUUUAACAACCAUCGCCUGCUUAUCAUCAAACCAGACUGCCAGUCAGCACAUUUCUUGGGCACAGAGGGUACAGGCAGUGGUCAAUUUCUUAGGCCACAGGGUGUGGCAGUUGAUCAGGAAGGUCGCAUCAUAGUGGCUGACUCCAGAAACCACAGAGUACAGAUAUUUGAACCCAAUGGCAGCUUCCUGUGCAAGUUUGGCACACAAGGAAGUGGCUUUGGCCAAGUGGAUCGGCCAUCUGGUAUAGCAGUCACACCAGAUGGCACAAUUGUUGUGGUGGAUUUCGGUAAUAACCGAAUUUCAGCCUUCUAAUCCAUGUGAAACA